AUGGAUCAUUUAGUUGAUGACAAAGUAUCCUUCAACCAUGAGAUCGACCCCAACCCUAAACCUGAAGACGCCGGAAGAAUCAAAGUCUAUGCAAGUAUCCUAAUGUCGGAAGAACCUAUAAGAGAUUGUCAGACAGUGCUGUCUUUCUCCUUGCCUGCCAAAGACAUCUUGGAUAGCUUAGCGAGGUAUAGAUGGGAACAGCUGAACUGCUUAAAGGAAGAUGAACGUUUAACUCACUUUCAGGUUGAUUAUGGGAUUGAUCAACUCAACGAACUUGUCGUUGGUAUCAUAUUUUCCUUCAUCAACAUCUAUCGAGAUUGUGCUUUUUCAUUUUAUAUAACUUUCAAGUUCAAUCCUCCUAUCCCGAUUGAAGUGUAUGCGAUUGCGCUGUAUUUCCAGUAUACGGAAUCACUAGAAGAACCUUGGCUAUUCGGAGACUCAUCUGAUGACAGAACCAUUGAUAUCCAGUGUAGACCGGCAUGUAAGUUUGCGGUUGAGUCUUUGUCAAGGAAAGUAUACACGAAGACGUCCAGCUCCGACAUAUGCACUAUAUGUUUUGAUGAGUUUAAAAUGGGAGAAAGCGUCGUGACCUUACCCUGUGGACACGAGUUUGACGAUGGCUGUAUCCUCGAGUGGUUUGCCAAAAGUAAUGUUUGUCCAUUGUGCCGUUUCAAGCUACCAUGUGACAAUAUAUGA